UACCUCUAUAUUUAAAACAUCUCUCUAUUCUACUGUCUGGCUUCUUCGUUCGCAGUUUCUUUCUACCUGCCUAUGGGUAGUUAGAGGCCCAGAGAGCGACCAAAGAAGACAGAUAAAAAAAUAAAAAAAUAAAAUAAAAAGAAGGAAAGAGCCAAAUAUUUUUGUAAGGCUUUCCUUCUUUCAGCAUGGCCUCCGAUGAUAUCUCAUUUGAGGACCUCAAGAAGGAGAAUAUUGAUCUUGAAAAUAUUCCCGUUGAAGAGGUCUUUGAGAAGCUAAAGUGUACCAGAGAGGGUCUGACAUCAGCAGAAGGAGAGAAGAGGCUCCAGAUUUUUGGCCCCAACAAAUUAGAAGAGAAAAAGGAUAGCAAGCUCCGAAAGUUCUUAGGUUUUAUGUGGAAUCCAUUAUCAUGGGUUAUGGAAUGUGCAGCUAUCAUGGCCAUUGUAUUGGCCAAUGGAGGGGGCAAGCCACCGGAUUGGCAAGAUUUCACCGGCAUUGUGGUAUUGCUUAUCAUUAACUCAACAAUCAGUUUCAUUGAGGAAAACAACGCAGGCAAUGCAGCAGCCGCUUUGAUGGCUGGUCUUGCACCCAAAACCAAGGUGUUGAGGGAUGGAAAAUGGAGUGAAGAAGAGGCAGCAAUUUUGGUCCCAGGAGAUGUGAUCAGCAUCAAAUUGGGAGUUAUUGUCCCUGCUGAUGCCCGUCUCUUGGAAGGAGAUCCUCUCAAAAUUGACCAAUCUGCCCUCACUGGUGAGUCCUUGCCAGUCACAAGGAACCCUGGUCAACAAGUCUUCUCUGGUUCCACCUGCAAACAAGGUGAAAUUGAGGCUGUUGUCAUUGCCACUGGUGUCCACACCUUCUUUGGUAAGGCUGCACACCUUGUAGACAGCACCAACAAUGUUGGUCACUUCCAAAAGGUGUUGACAUCCAUUGGUAACUUUUGUAUCUGCUCAAUUGCUGUGGGCAUGUUGAUUGAGCUCGUUGUCAUGUACCCUAUCCAGAAGAGGUCUUACAGAGAUGGUAUUGACAACUUGUUGGUGCUUCUCAUUGGAGGAAUCCCAAUUGCCAUGCCAACUGUCUUGUCUGUUACCAUGGCUAUUGGGUCUCACCGCUUGUCCCAACAAGGAGCCAUCACGAAGAGGAUGACAGCCAUAGAAGAAAUGGCAGGGAUGGAUAUUCUCUGCAGUGACAAAACUGGAACUCUCACCCUUAACAAGCUUACUGUGGACAAGAGCUUGAUUGAGGUGUUCCCCACUGACAUGGACAAGGACACCCUUGUCUUAUAUGCAGCCAGGGCUUCAAGGACUGAAAACCAAGAUGCCAUUGAUGCAUCAAUUGUUGGAAUGCUAGAUGACCGUAAGGAGGCAAGAGCAGGAAUCACCGAGGUGCAUUUCUUGCCUUUUAAUCCUGUGGACAAGCGCACUGCUAUUACGUUCAUUGACAACAAUGGUGACUGGCACAGAAGCAGCAAAGGUGCUCCUGAGGAAAUCAUUGAACUUUGUGGCCUCAAGGGAGAGACUCUGAAAAAGGCCCACAAGGUUAUUGAUGAGUUUGCUAACCGUGGUCUGCGUUCCUUAGGUGUUUCUCGCCAGACUGUUUCUGAAAGGACCAAGGAGAGUGCAGGAGAUGCAUGGGAAUUCUUGGGUCUCCUACCCCUCUUUGACCCUCCAAGGCAUGAUAGUUCUGAGACUAUUCGUCGUGCUCUUGAACUUGGUGUCAAUGUUAAAAUGAUCACUGGUGACCAACUUGCCAUUGGCAAAGAAACCGGUCGCAGACUUGGAAUGGGCACCAAUAUGUACCCUUCAUCCUCCCUCCUUGGUGAAUCCAAGGAUAAUGCCCUUGCAACAAUGUCAAUUGAUGAACUCAUUGAGAAGGCUGAUGGAUUUGCUGGAGUCUUCCCCGAGCAUAAGUAUGAGAUUGUGAAGAGGUUGCAGGAUAGAAAUCACAUUGUUGGAAUGACCGGAGAUGGUGUGAACGAUGCACCAGCAUUGAAGAAAGCAGACAUUGGCAUUGCAGUGGAUGAUGCAACCGACGCAGCAAGGAGUGCCUCUGACAUUGUCUUGACGGAGCCCGGACUCAGUGUGAUUGUGAGUGCUGUGUUGACAAGCAGGGCUAUCUUCCAGAGGAUGAAGAACUACACAAUUUAUGCUGUUUCUAUCACAAUCCGUAUCGUGUUUGGCUUCAUGCUUGUUGCUCUGAUCUGGAAGUUCGACUUCUCUCCCUUCAUGGUUCUCAUCAUAGCAAUCUUGAACGAUGGAACCAUCAUGACCAUCUCAAAGGACAGGGUCAAGCCAUCUCCUUUGCCUGACUCAUGGAAGCUUAAGGAAAUCUUUGCCACUGGAAUUGUUCUUGGAGCAUACAUGGCCAUCAUAACCGCAGUCUUCUUUUAUGUUGUUCAUGACACUAGUUUUUUCUCUAACAUUUUUGGUGUCAGCCCAAUUGCAGAAAGCGAGGAGCAGCUGAACUCUGCUCUCUACCUUCAAGUGAGCAUCAUUAGUCAGGCACUCAUCUUUGUGACCAGGUCACGGAGCUGGUCAUACUUUGAACGCCCUGGCAUAAUGCUCUGUGUAGCCUUCAUUUGUGCGCAGCUGGUUGCCACUGUCAUUGCUGUGUAUGCACAUUGGGACUUUGCAAGAAUCAAUGGAGUUGGAUGGAGAUGGGCUGGUGUAAUCUGGAUCUACAGCAUUAUUACUUAUAUUCCUCUUGACAUCCUCAAGUUUUUAAUCCGCAUGGGACUCACAGGCAGUGCCUGGGACAACAUGCACCAAAACAAGGUUUAGAAAUAUUAAAUUGAUACCUAAUCUUCCUUUUUUUUUUUUAAUCUAUGACAUUCUUUUGUGAAAAAAAAAAACUGAAACACAUCAGGUUCUCAAAUUCAAUAGUGACAUGUGAACAUUAUUUUGUUCGGAACUUGUUCUUGAUGAAAGCUAUUUAAUGUUGACAAAAGAAGGAUCCACAUGUGUUAUUUGGUUGACUACUUAUAUUCAUACAUUCUCA